AUGAUCUACAGAAGCGUUCGUAAGUUAACGUUGGUUGUGAUGCUAAUAUUGCUAUCUAGUGCAGCUGCCUGCAUGCAAAGCGAAGAAAUUGCUAGCUACCGCGCGCGCAUGCAGAGUGGUGGAGAUGUAAUCAAAGAGCUGUUGAAAAAGUCUGUGGUGGCUAGGUACAGAGCCAAGUAUAUAUUGAAAACCCUCGAAGAAUUUUAUUGCGAUGCAUCCUUUGAGAUAUUUCCAGAUGCCAUACAGAUAUCCGUUAACAUUCUGAGAAGCUUCCAAAAUACAGGAUACAGCGACAUUGUAGAGGGAGACAUAAUACUCACUAAAAUGUACGAUUGGGAUGUCUACAUCAAAAAGAUAAAAAAUCCCGAAGAGCACGAUUUCAGUCCAUUAGACGACCUGCUGUACGAUUCAGAACAGCAAAUUAAAAAAAUAGAAAGUUGUCUUUUUGCGAUAAGCAACGCAACUGGGUAUAUCAGAGACUAUCUCUCAAGAAUACUUGAGACUAAGCUUGUUGGGUUGGCAUCGCCUGAUCUUCUGUCUCUGUCAAAGAUGGGAUACAGCCUGCCCGAAACUUUGAAUUGUCUUCUGCUGACAAAAGAGUCGUACAUAUUCUCUCCAAAAGAAAAAGAAGAUCUGGUGCAUGAAGCAAAACAGUACUUAGGAUACACAACAGAAGAAGAUUUGCUAGAGAUAUUUGACGGUCUAGCAAAGAAAGAUUUCAAGAAGAACGGCACUUAUAAGCUGCUCUCAGAGGAUCAGAAGAUGGUGAACAUUCUUAACGAUGAGCUGGCAGAGUAUCUUAUCAGAAAAACAGAUAGCGCCAUAUCAAAAGAGGUGCUUAGUAAGCACAUAGAUUGCAUAAAACAGAUAGAUAGAUCAGAAGAAGAUCUUAAAGACCUGAUCAUUUUUGAAGAAGACGCCCCGAGAAACCUACUCAUAUUCGUGUUCCUGCACACACUUCUUGCAGACAGCAGUGCUAAAACACAGAGCAUAGCAGACAAGUUCAAAAGGUACAUUAACAGCGAAGAAAAUACACACAAAGAGCUGAAGCCCAUACUUGCUGAGAUACUAGACGCGUGCAAAGACAACAGUAUGGACGGACUGAUAAGUGUAGUAGAAAGGUACGCACCCGAGCUAGCUGAGCCGUAUAGAAGGCUGUACAUCACGGAAAAAGAGGAGACAGAAAAAGAAAAAUUAGAAAGAAUAUUCAAAGAAGUUGAGAAAGAAGUGAGCCAGCGCAGAAGAAGAGGAAACUGCACUCAGUUGAUAAGAAGAUUUACCAAAGCCCUGGAACUUAAAGAGUGCGACAGCAGAGACACAAAGGGAAGCGACAGCGGAAACGAAAGCUUGCAGCUUAAAGAAAGCCUGUCAGAUCUAGACGGAUAUUGA